AUGGGGCCUGCUGGCGUCUUGCUUGCCCUCAUGGCCGGCCUGGUCGCCGGCCAAUCGGGCCUCUCCAGCGGCAAGACGCAAAACGGCCUGAUUGGAUACGGAAUUCGACUCUACGAGCCGGCAUGCGCCCACGCGUGCUGGGACACGAUCGCUUACAUGACCAACUGCACCGCCGACAUGUCGAUAUCGCGAUUCCUUAACCCCGGCAUUGCCGGACCGCUCAAACACGGCAACGAGAAAAACGAGACCGAACUGGAGCCCUACUGCAACGCAGAGUAUGAACCAUAUCUUCAGACUCUGGCGUGGUGCAUACAUCAGGAAUGCCGCGACGUGCCGGAGCUGGAGCUGGAGAGUUUCUGGUGGACCGAAGGCCCCGGAAAGGACAACAGCUCGAUUGAGACGUAUUCCCAAAUAUGGGCACGAGUAAAUAGCACCAAGAUGCGCCCGAUUAACCAACACGCCACCCUCAACUACACGGCAACCGUGCCCCAUGAUCAGUGGAAGCCCAGCUACGACAACAUUAUCACCCUGGUAAGGGUAGAGAUUACACACGAGCGAUAUGCACUGAUUCUAUUUCUUUCCUGCGCCUUGAUACCCAUUGGCUUAUCGUUGCUUCGAUUCCUUCCUUGGUCGGCGACGUAUGUGUCUCAUUUCCACGCCUACAUCAUCGACCCUCCCUUAAUCGGCCACCGGCAAAACGAACUCUUGGGCGAAGUCUUUAUGAUGCCCACCCGCGGACAGGCAAUCUUUAUUGCAUACAUUUGGACCAUCAACAUUGUCCUCUCGGGGACGGGGUAUUGGUUUCUGCCAGGCAGCUACUGGUACAACAAUGACGUGCACCAAACCCUGACGCAGGUCUCCAACCGCCUGGGCAUGCUGUCCUUUGCCAACAUUCCGCUCCUCAUCCUCUUUGCCGGCCGCAAUAACAUUCUACUGUGGCUCACCAACUGGCCGCGGACUACGUUUCUCAUGAUGCACCGCUGGAUCGCCGUCAUUUGCAUGCUGGAAGGGGUCCUGCACACCGUUCUCUUCUUUUACGCCUAUUCCGUGAGCUGGUACGCCAUGACCAUGAGCGUGCUCGUCACCAAGGGCUACUGGCUCUGGGGCGCGGUGGGCACCAUUGGCCUGAUGGUCCUCGUCGUGACCGCCGUGCAGCCGAUCCGUCGGCGAGCCUACGAGCUCUUCGUCUUCGUGCACAUUGUAGUCUCGGCCCUGGUUCUGGCAGGGUGCUACCAGCACGUGGUGCUGCGGUACGGCCGGCAGCGCGGCUUCGAGACUUGGAUGUACGUGGCAGUGGCUAUCUGGGGCUUUGACCGCGCGGUGCGGCUCAUGCGCGCCUGCCGGCGAGGCGUCCGCAAGGCCUACAUCAGCCCCGUCGACUCGGACUACAUGCGCGUCGACAUUCCCGGCGUCAGCGCGCGCGGCCACGUGUACCUGCACUUCCCAACCAUCAGCAAGUGGCGGGUGUGGGAGAGCCACCCGUUCUCGGUCGCGGGCAGCAGCUGCUACAACACCAACAAGUACGGCUACGGCCCCCAGGAGCUUGACAAGCCGAGCUGGCCGCUCGGAUGGGACCCGCUGGCGACGCCGCCGCACAUGUCGACGUCUGCGGCGCUGCCGCUGCCCCCGCGCAAGACGGGCGUGACGCUCUUUAUCAAGAAGCAAAAGGGCCUGACGGCCAAGCUCGGCGCUCUCAACACGGGCGACGUCGGAAUCCCGGUCAUGAUGGAAGGGUCGUACAACGAGGAGGUGACGUUUCUGCAGGAGAACCACCUGCAGCCGACGCCAGACUACCAAAACAUCAUCUGCUUCGCGGGCGGCGUGGGCAUCACGGGCGUGCUGCCGUUCCUCGACAAGUUUGGCGGGCUGACGAGCCACGGAUCGAAGCGGCUCUUCUGGACGGUGCGCAGCAUGCCGCUGGUGUACGCCGUCGAGGACAUGCUCGGGGCGUACGCGGGCGCGCAGGGGUCGGAGCGGCGCUGGGGCGACGUUGACGUGAGCGUGUCGUUUGGGCGGUUCAGCGUCAGCAGCGCGCUGCGGGAGCACCUGGACUCGGUCUCGGGCGGCUCCAUCGUCGUGGUGUGCGGGCCGGCGGGCUUGGCGGACCAGGUGCGGAUGCUGGUGACGAGACUGGCGGCGAGCCCGGAGCGCAAGACGAAGCCGUUGAAGCUGGUGGUGGAGAGUUUUGCAUGGUAG